AAUAGUUCGCGGCGGGUUCGCCGGCUGCCAUCUUGGACAUCUUCUCAUAGAGAAGCCGGCCGCCCGCAAAAAUUGAGUUUAACGGGUUCCCGCGGCUUCUGGUGUCUUCUAAAAUAAUUUUCCGUGUUUGUGGAGAAGUUUAUUAAAUCAGCAAGAUUAAACUGUUAACGAUACGGGCCCGGAAUGCUUUAGGUUUAUUGCUACACACUUAUGUUGGCAGUUGGGUGAAUCGAGGAGAAAAAUUUGUUACUGGCCGUUCAUUUUCAUUAGUUGAUCGAGACAUUGUGGCCAGUGGUGGAAGCAAGACAAGUAAAAUUAAUAAAUAUUGUCUCGAAAGAAUGGCGCUUCCAAGUAGAGCAAGGGUUUAUACUGACGUUAAUUCACACAAAUCCAGAGAUUAUUGGGAUUAUGAGUCAUAUGUCGUGGACUGGGGACAACAAGAUGAUUACCAGCUGGUGAGAAAGCUAGGACGAGGAAAAUAUAGUGAAGUUUUCGAAGCUAUCAAUAUCACAAAUAACGAAAAAUGUGUUGUCAAAAUAUUAAAGCCGGUUAAAAAGAAGAAGAUCAAGAGGGAAAUCAAAAUCCUAGAAAAUCUUAGAGGCGGGACCAACAUUAUUACGCUUCAAGCUGUUGUUAAAGAUCCAGUUUCAAGGACACCAGCCUUGAUAUUCGAACAUGUCAACAACACAGAUUUUAAGCAGCUGUACCAGACAUUGACAGAUUACGAUAUAAGAUACUACCUCUAUGAAUUAUUAAAAGCAUUGGACUACUGCCACAGUAUGGGCAUAAUGCAUAGGGACGUGAAGCCUCAUAAUGUAAUGAUCGAUCACGAGAAUCGAAAGCUACGACUAAUCGACUGGGGUCUUGCAGAAUUUUAUCAUCCGGGACAAGAGUAUAAUGUUCGAGUUGCAUCACGAUACUUCAAAGGGCCAGAACUAUUAGUAGAUUAUCAGAUGUACGACUAUUCACUGGACAUGUGGUCAUUAGGUUGUAUGCUAGCGAGUAUGAUAUUUAGGAAAGAACCCUUUUUUCAUGGUCACGAUAAUUAUGAUCAAUUAGUCAGGAUCGCCAAAGUCCUUGGCACGGAGGAGCUUUUUGAGUAUCUUGACAAAUAUCAUAUCGAGCUCGAUCCACGUUUUAAUGAUAUACUUGGACGACAUUCGCGCAAACGUUGGGAACGUUUUGUACACUCGGAAAAUCAACAUUUGGUGUAUCCCGAGAGCCUCGAUUUUUUAGACAAGCUUCUACGUUACGAUCAUUAUGAGAGACUCACUGCGCGUGAAGCAAUGGAGCAUCCAUAUUUUUAUCCAAUAGUUAAAGAGCAAGGUCGACUACCAAUGGUUUCUUCGUCACCUACUCCCAUGACAGGCUCUUUGCCUGUAGGUGAGUAGCGGACCAGAUGAUCGUGGUGUAGCGUCGGGCAAAAUGCCGAUUCCUGGUACAGCUGGAUUAGGAAAAACAAAAGAUUUUGGGGCUGGCGUAAUGAAUGUCUUAGAAGAAAUUUCGACACCUCAAAUUGUACCUCAUCAACAACAUUAACAAUAACAGCGUACGGGAAUAAGAGAUUAUGUCUCAAGCUACUACUAAUUCAUAAGAUGACAACACAUCGCCGGUUGAUGCAUGAUAUCGUCAAGGUCGUAACAACCAAUCUCGCCGCAAAAAUUCUGGUUUGUAAUAUCGGUUUUAUCGAUCUUUCAAUUAAGACUGAGUUAUCUUGCUUCGCCUAUCGUUUCAUGGGAACUUUAUUAUGUCACAUAAUGAUCGUAACGUACUUAGAAUAUCCGACAAAUGAAAUAAUGGUAAUUUUAAAUGUGAAUUUUGUCCAAUUUGAUGAUAAUAAUAAGAAUAAUAACAAUAAUAUCGCGUCAAUGAAAUUUAAUAAUUCACAUUCAAUUUUCAUUAUUGAUUGUAAAUUAUUAUUAUUUUUAUUAAUGGAAACAUUUUUUUUGGGACUUGUACUAAAAUCAUUAUCAUCAACAUCAUCAUCAUUAUUGUGGUGUCAAUUUUUAUUAUUGUCAACGUAUAAAAUAAUGAUGAUGAAAUGUCUGGAUCCCGUUUCAUCUUGCAGAUGAUUGUGGUUUUUUCUUUUAAUUUAAUUUUUUUUUAAAAAAAAGAGAGACGCUGACCGAAAAGAGAAAAAAACACAUUUUUACACACGUACACGCGUGUAUAACGCAUACACUUUGGUCAUUCAGUUUAGUAUAUUUAACGAUGAGAAAAGAAUGAAAAAAAUGUUCAUUUAUAACUGAUACCACACAAUGAUAGCUGAAUAAAAAAUAAUUUUGUUAUAGCCAAGUA